AUUAUCAUGAUGAUCUAACUUCUGAGAGACGCCCACAUUUUUAUCAUUUCAUCUACUCCAGGCUCCAGCCCUCUUUAUCGCAGCUGCAUUCAUACUCUGAAAAUUAAUUUUUGGUAUUCUGAGAAGAUCAUCGAGUACGAGAGAUUAAUUUUCGGUUUGUGUGAAUAAUGAAUCAAAACUCUGCAAUUUGGGAGAAAUUGAGAAAUCGUUGCUUAAAAUCCUGUGUAUUGACGCCUUCUUCAGGAUGAAAGGGACGGAGGAACUGAACAUGCUAAUGAUGCCAUAUCCAGUCAACUGGUUGAAAUUGAUGGUGGUCUUCAGUUAAAUGAGGAUGUCAUGUGCUCAAGGUCUUGCGAUGGAGGCUUUGAGCACCAUAUGCAAACAGCACCAGAAGAAGGGAUCAAAAUUGGAAGUGGUGCAGAGUUACAUCAUGAGGGCGGAAGCACAUGUAACUGUGAUGAAGGAGGGCCUAUGUCUGAUAAUAAAAGCACAUUCAGACAUAGGGUCAAAACUGAAGGUGGAGCUGAGUUUAAUGACGAGGCUGGAGGGACCGAUAAAGAGACUAGUAGCUCAAUGUUAUUAAAGACUGAGAAUGGAAAGGAUCGAGCUCGAAUUGCAGAUGUAAUGCGUGCUCUUUUUGGGGAUUCAGAUGAGGAACCAGGACAAUAUGAAGCUGAGUAUGGCACUGAUCAAGGGAAAAACAAUUCCAUAUCUCCUGAACACAAAUUAAGUUAUGAGGGAGAUCUGGAGUCUGAAGGUACUGUAUCAAGUGAACAUACACAAUUUGGACCCGAAGAAGAAGAAGAAGAAAAGGCCGAGGAUAAACUAGAGGGGGAGUCAAAGGAUAAACUGGAGGAGCAGUCAAUCGGUAGGUUGCUGGUGGUGGAGUUUCCAAACUGCACUCCACUUGCUGACCCAUCUCAGGGCAUCUACCGGUCUCUGUUGAGCAUCUCUAAAUCGGAAAAGGUUGCUUCAUCUUCCGUAGUUUCUGAUCCCGAUAGCUCGACUGUUCAUGGUGAUCGGGAGACCACACCUAUGCCUGAAACAGAGCAAUUUCAGCAGAAGUGUAAUGACAAGGAAAUGACAUCCAAUCACAACCACCCUGAUGAGCACAUGUGGCCCAGCGAAGCAGAAGACGUAAAUCUUGAGAGGCAGAAAGAUCGUCAAACUAAGAAGCGUAGGCCAAGACGCGGAUAAAGCUGAGGGGAACUUGAACAUGAAAGGGGUUUGAUGAUGAGUUGCUGAGUUAAGGAACAAAUCUCUUAAUAAAUUACUUGAAAGGGGCUUCAGUUGCUUAUGAAACUUUAGUUUGGAUGAUUUUUCUGUUGCAUAAGAGCGUGUGAUAAAUUGAUGACUCAGGUUUUAGCAAACCUAUUUAUAUAUUUCUAUCUUAAGAUGUUAUAUCUGCUUUCAUUGGCAUUAGGGUUCUAAUUCUAUUGAAAGGUGAAAAAUCA